UACACAAUGACCAAUCUGAACUCUACCAAACUUCCCCUUGUAAAAUCUUGACUCAGCCUCUCUGCAUUGCACUCAUUCCAUUCCAGCUAGCCCAGCCAUCCACAGCUAUAUUCCUUUCUCUCUUAAUUUUAAAAUUCAAUCAAAACCGUGUCCAACAUUUUCAACCUUUAUAUAACCUCACUCGCACACACACCCAAACCCCUUAGAUCUCUCACUAUGCCUAAACCAUUACUCUUUUCCUUUCUCUUCCUUUCACUUUCUCUUCUCUCCCAUGCCACCAUUCUCACUCUCUCUCAACAAUUCAAAGAAGCUCCUCAAUUCUAUAACUCCCCAGAUUGCCCCUCCAUAACCGACACAAACACAAACAACAAGAACAACAAGAACAACAACAACAACGUUAUUUGCUAUGAUGGAGCAGUCCACGUGGCAAUGACCCUAGACACCCAAUACAUCCGAGGUUCAAUGGCUGCAAUUCUCUCGGUUCUUCAACACUCUUCGUGCCCAGAAAACAACAUCUUCCACUUUGUCACCACCGCCACCGCCAACGCGUCGCUCCUACGCGCCACCCUAUCCACCUCCUUUCCUUACUUGAAGUUCCAAAUCUACCCUUUUGACGACACCCACGUGUCGGGCCUCAUCUCCACCUCUAUUCGCUCAGCUUUGGACUGUCCAUUAAACUACGCUCGGAGCUACUUGCCAAACGUCUUGCCUUCGUGUGUACGACGAGUCGUUUACCUCGACUCCGACCUCGUACUCGUCGACGACAUUGCGAAACUCGCCGCUACUCCGCUCGGUGGCGACGACACGGUCCUCGCUGCUCCUGAGUACUGCAAUGCAAAUUUCACUUCCUACUUCACUCUCACUUUUUGGUCCAACCCUUCUUUGUCACUCACUUUUGCGAACCGAAAGCCGUGCUAUUUCAACACGGGUGUGAUGGUUAUCGAUCUUGAUCGAUGGAGAGCUGGUGAUUAUACCAAAAAAAUCGAGGAAUGGAUGGAGUUGCAGAAGAGGAUGAGGAUUUACCAGUUGGGUUCUCUUCCACCGUUUCUGCUUGUGUUUGCUGGGAAAAUAGCUCCAGUUGAUCAUAAAUGGAACCAACAUGGACUUGGUGGCGAUAAUUUUCGUGGACUUUGUAGGGAUUUGCAUCCGGGUCCUGUGAGUCUUUUGCAUUGGAGUGGAAAAGGUAAGCCUUGGGCUCGACUGGACGCUAAUAGACCGUGCCCUUUGGAUGCUCUUUGGGCUCCUUAUGAUCUCUUGCAGACUCCAUUUGCUUUGGAUUCUUAAUCGACUAAGAGAGUCGGGCACAGUAUAUAAAGCUCACACUUUUGCGGAGUUUGAAAGAGGUGAUUGGUAGACAAGUUUACAGUGUGCGUGAGUGUGUUUUUUGGAGAACAAGUUAAGCUCUUUCUGGCGCUUCAUAGUCGGAGGGGCAAGGAAAGAAAGGAAAAGGAUUCGACUUGAAAGGGGGAGGAGUUUGUUCUUGUAUAUUAUACAGCUAUCAAACGCAUUGUUAGCUCAACAAAAAAGAAGAAGGAACACAUGCGUUAUAGUUUUAAAUAUUCUAAUUGUCUAAUAAUAAGGAUAAAAAUCCUGAAGAGAAAUGGGGUUCAUGAAUUUCCACUCAGGGAUGUAUGAUAUGUAAAUUGUAUCAAAGUCUGUAAUCUGUAUAGCAAAAGAGCUAUUUUUUGCGAGCUGGUUUAAUUCAUGAAUUAUAUCAUGAUGAUAUAUACUUAA